CUGCAGGAGUGAGCUGAGCGUGUGCGCGGAACCGGGCUCUCCUGCUUUCUGGGCUCCAACACAGCUCCGUGGCUGAACUGGGUGCUCACCGCCACGGGACCGACCGCCGGGCUAUGGAAUACAGAUGUGGCAGUACAGGUAGCCCCACGUUGCCUAGAGGAAUACAUCAUGGGUUUUGAGAAGAAAUUGUAGAAGCCAGUUUUUUUUAACAUACACACGCGCGCGCGCACGCACACACACACAGAGACACACACACUGUAAAGAUGCAAAAACGUAAUAUCCAUGAAGAUCCUAUUACCUAGGAAGACUCGGCUGUUUUGCUGCGAAUGCGGUGUUGGGAUUUAUUUGUUCUUGGAGUGUUCUGCAUGGCUGGUAAAGAAUAAUGUUCCAAAAUCGGUCCAUCUCCCAAGGGGUCCAAUUUUUCUUCCCGGGUGUCAGCGAGCCCUGACUCACUACACUGCAGCUGACAGGGGCUGUCAUGCAGGCGGCCCCUAAGCCAAAGCAAAAGACCUAAGGACGGCCUUUGAACAAUACAAAGGAUGGGUUUCAAUGUAAUCAGGCUACUGCGCGGAUCGGCGGUAGCAGCGGUUCUGGCCCCCACUGUUUUACUGACGAUGCUUUCCUCUGCUGAACGAGGAUGCCCUAAGGGUUGUAGGUGCGAAGGCAAAAUGAUCUACUGUGAAUCUCAGAAACUGCAGGAGAUCCCUUCAAGCAUAUCAGCCGGUUGCUUGGGCUUAUCCCUUCGCUACAACAGCCUCCAAAAACUUAAGUAUAAUCAAUUCAAAGGGCUCAACCAGCUCACCUGGCUCUACCUUGACCAUAACCAUAUCAGCAAUAUUGACGAGAAUGCUUUCAAUGGGAUACGCAGGCUCAAAGAGUUGAUUCUGAGUUCCAACAGAAUCUCUUAUUUUCUUAACAACACCUUCAGACCUGUGACCAAUUUGCGGAACUUGGAUCUGUCCUAUAAUCAGCUCCAUUCUCUGGGAUCUGAACAGUUCCGGGGCUUGAGGAAGCUGCUGAGUUUACACCUCCGCUCCAACUCCCUGAGAACCAUCCCGGUGCGGAUCUUCCAAGACUGUCGCAACCUGGAACUUCUGGAUCUGGGGUAUAACAGGAUCCGAAGUUUAGCCAGGAAUGUCUUUGCAGGCAUGAUCAGGCUCAAAGAACUUCACCUGGAGCACAAUCAAUUUUCCAAGCUCAACCUGGCGCUUUUCCCAAGGUUGGUAAGCCUUCAGAACUUGUACAUGCAGUGGAAUAAAAUCAGUGUCAUAGGGCAAACCAUGUCCUGGACUUGGAGUUCCCUACAGAGGCUUGACCUAUCGGGGAAUGAGAUCGAAGCCUUCAGUGGACCCAGUGUCUUCCAGUGUGUCCCCAACCUGCAGCGCCUCAACCUGGAUUCCAACAAGCUCACAUUUAUUGGUCAAGAGAUUCUGGAUUCUUGGAUCUCUCUCAAUGACAUCAGUCUUGCCGGGAAUAUAUGGGAAUGCAGCAGGAAUAUCUGUUCCCUGGUAAACUGGCUGAAAAGUUUUAAAGGGCUGAGAGAGAAUACAAUUAUCUGCGCCAGUCCCAAAGAGCUGCAGGGGGUCAACGUGAUCGACGCAGUGAAGAACUACAGCAUCUGUGGCAAAAGCACCACAGAGAGGUUUGACCUAGCCAGGGCGCUCCCCAAGCCCACGUUUAAGCCCAAGCUCCCCAGGCCGAAGCACGAGAGCAAGCCUCCGCUGCCCCCCACGGUGGGAGCUACGGAACCCAGCCCAGAGACAGAUGUGGACACGGAGCACAUCUCCUUCCAUAAGAUCAUCGCGGGCAGCGUUGCCCUUUUCCUGUCGGUGCUGGUCAUCCUCUUGGUGAUGUACGUGUCCUGGAAGCGGUACCCCGCCAGCAUGAAGCAGCUGCAGCAGCGCUCCCUCAUGCGAAGGCACCGGAAGAAGAAAAGGCAAUCGCUCAAGCAAAUGACUCCCGGCACCCAGGAAUUUUAUGUAGAUUAUAAACCCACCAACACGGAGACCAGCGAGAUGCUGCUGAACGGAACGGGACCCUGCACAUAUAGCAAGUCAGGCUCCAGGGAAUGUGAGAUACCUUUAUCAAUGAAUGUGUCCACCUUUCUGGCAUACGACCAGCCCACAAUAAGUUACUGUGGGGUCCAUCAUGAACUUCUCUCCCAUAAGUCCUUUGAAACGAACGCACAGGAAGACACGAUGGAAAGCCACCUAGAGACUGAGCUGGACUUGAGCACAAUCACAUCAGCUGGCCGCAUCAGUGACCAUAAACCACAGCUGGCUUGACCGAGCCGAGCGGUUGCCCAGACUUGCUACCAAACUGUAACCUCAACCACAGAGAGAGGAAAUUUUGUUCAUUGCAACUCUCAAAAUCAAAGCAAAACAAAAAGUUCCCUGUUCAAAUAAACAAAAUUCCA